UUUCACCAACUGCCUGCUAGCUCACUGUUUUCCACUAAAUAAAUAUAGUGUAGGGUGACUCACCUCUCUAGUAAACUUCGUCUUCGUCCUCUUCAUUAUUUAUUCUUUAGUUGCCACUGUUGUCUCUAACCUUCUUUGGUGAUCUACUUGAGGCCAAAUGAAAUUUUACUAUCAUUGAAUUGAAGAGAGAUACAAAACUUGGAUCCUUUUAACAACUAUCGGUCCAAAAUCAAUGUCAGGAGGUUCUAGAUAUCUCUUCAGUAAGGGCAUCCUUUCACGCACUUUAGAUGUUCCUCCUUACAGACUCUUUCUUGAAGCUCAUCCAGGUGCUUACACAACAACACGGACUCACGAUAAUGCUUCAUGCUUGAUGUUUUGGGAAAGACACAUCAAAAGACUUUCAGAAUCUAUACAAAUUCUCUCAAAUUCUGCUCCACAACUUUUAUUCAAAUCUGAGAAUGCUGCAAGUUUGCAGCCAUUGUCACCAAAUUUUGCAGUUUGGAAACAUGCAUUGAAGAUUCUUGUUAAUGAUUCAUUGGAGAAAGUAUUGCCAAUUGCAUUGAAAGAGAGGGUUGAUUCUGAGGAGCUGGUCGUCAAUACUCUUGUUACUGGUAAUUUGGAGGAACUCAAUGCAUGCGAGACGGUGUGUGAGGAUAAUAUGAGUAAACUUUUUGAUGUGCAUGUGCAUAUAGAAACUUAUGCUCCUCCUCAAUUCGGUGUCCACGGAAAUGGUGAACAUUUGGCUGUUGGGGGCUAUGGGAGGAACAUUGCAGGUGCAAAAUAUUCAGAUUGGGUGAGGAUUAGGAAGGCUCUGGAAAAGCUCAGACCUCCGUCAGUGACAGAACUGCUGCUGUCUUAUAAUGGUGAUCAAAUACUAGAAGGUUCUGCAACAAAUUUUUUCGUCGUUUCCCGCAAGGAGGAUUGGGAUUCAGAUGAUGGGAAGGCCCCAUUUGAUUAUGGAAAUAAAAACUCUUUUGAAGUGCAGACAGCUCCUAUCACUGAUGGCGUUCUUCCAGGAAUAAUACGCCAACUAGUGCUUGAGGUAUGCAGAAACGAAGGAAUCACAUUUCGAGAGGUUGCUCCAUCAUGGUUAAAACAUGAAAUCUGGGAGGAAGCAUUCGUCACAAAUAGCUUGAGGCUUUUGCAACAUGUAGAAAGUAUUCAGGCUCCAACAGAAUGGCAAUCAGCCCAUUCAAAAACAUGGAAGGAUAUAUCAUGGACAAAAAAGCAAUUUCAGGAUGGACCUGGGAUGAUUACAACUUUAAUCCAGGGAAAGGUUAUGGAGAAAGCGAUUUUGGAAGGAUUUCCAAUAAGUAACAUAUGUAAAAGGUGAAGAUCCUACUUUACUGGGAUGAAAUAAACAGUAGAUCAUGAAAAUGUAAUCACUUGGAAGAUGUCACAGACUUUACUGAUUUGAAGUCUUAAUAGCUUGCUGAAUAAGUCAUGUACCAUAACAGAAACAAAAUUGUAUAUAUAAAUCAACUUCUUAGGCCAAUUGGAAGUUGUUGGGUACAAGAAGAAAAUCAACUUCUUAGUCUUUGGAAACUAAUCUAGUCCUUUAAUACCAUCCUUAAACUCUGAGAAAACACCAUUUCUACCUCUAUAAUAAAAUUUGGUUUUAUGAGUUUGCAAA